GAGGCUCCGUGCCUCAGCACUGAAUAUACGUGAUCUGCCCCACCUCAGUACUGUCUAGAGAAACUGCCGCAGCCAUGAACCCUCAGCAGAUGGAGCAGAUGGGUCAGUUCAGGAUCACGGUCUGGGAGGAGGAGAACUUCCAGGGGAAGAGAUGUGAGUUCAUGCUGGAGUGUCAGAACAUCAUGGAGAGGGGCUUCCACAAAAUCCGCUCCCUCAAGAUCGAGAACGGACCCUGGGUGGGCUACGAGUACCCCGAGUUCCAGGGACAGCAGUUCAUCCUGGAGAAGGGAGACUACCCGUGCUACCAGGCCUGGAGUGGAAACAUUGGCUACAGAACCGAGCACCUGCUGUCCUUCAGACCCAUCAAGUGUGCCAACCACAGCGACAGCAAGAUGACCCUGUACGAGUGUGAGGACUUCCAGGGCCGCAAGUUCGAGCUGUGCGACGACUACCCCUCCCUGCAGGCCAUGGGCUGGUGUAGCAAGGAGGUGCCCUCCAUCAAGAUCAACUCUGGAGCCUGGGUUGCCUAUCAGUUCCCUGGUUACCGUGGUUACCAGUACAUCAUGGAGAGAGACAGACACCAAGGAGAGUACAGAAACUACAACGAGUACAGCACCCAGGCUCACACCAACCAGGUGCAGUCCAUCCGUAGGAUCCAACAGUGAGCCUUCACUCUGACGACCUCUGACCUGAAACCAAAAAAAAAGCCUCCAGCUGAACUAUUUCCUGUCCGGAGCGCGGGACGGAACGCUGUCAGAGAUCCGUAGAUGGACAAACUCUUUCUGUCUCUCUGUGGAUCUUCUGCGUCUACGGAAAUGGAGUCACUUCUUCUUCUACGAUGAAGCAUGAUUUUGAAAAAAAAAAAAGGAAAUAAAAUCUUUUCUU